GUACUCUGUUCCUUUCCUUUAAUAAUUCCAUUACUAGUUUACAUGUUGUCCUCACGGACAGCGGAGGUCUUUCUUGCGAUUGCGGGUUGCAGUAUCGCAGACACUUGCUAAUUAUCGACGGUUAUUGGAAUCUGUGAAAUGCUUCAGUCAGAGAACAUAUAUAAUAUAAUUAUAAUUAUAUGUUCUCUGCUUCAGUAUAGUAAACUUUUCAAUAUUCCUUUCAAAAUAAAUGAAUGUCUAGAGUAAUACUUCUUUUAAAAUGACACACGCAUAUUUACGUUAGUCGUCUAUCUGAUUGCGUUUGAUUUAACCAAAAUUAUUUAAUAAUUUAUGUAAAUGUAUUUUCAACUAUUCAUUCUUAUAUCGCGAUAUACAAUUUCAUCAUAAAUCUCAUGUAAUUACUUGCAAGAGUGUCGAUGAACUUGAAAGUCAAGCGAAAUUUCUUUGUAACUAAAUAACCAACAGAUUUUCAAAAUGGAUUUUACUCAGGAUCCAGGGACAAAGAAGAGUUUUACGAGAUUCUUAAAUCUACUAAAUAUUUCGAGUGCAAAGUUCAGUCGAACAAAUUUUAAAAAUUCUACUUUACAAAAUAAUGAAGUAAUAUCGCAAAUUAAUAAUCAGCCUUGGAAAUCCCUUCAAGAUCAAAAUCUUGAUCCUGAUGUUGAACUGAACGAUCUUAUUAAUUUAGUGUCCUCCACGCUACAGGAACUUAAAGCAAUCUCAGGUUCUAAUGUCCUGAAGACUUUUCGGCCGCCCGAAAAUUCAACAGGAGAAAUACCUAAUGAUAAAGAUUAUGUAACAACUAAUUUGUCGUUCAAAAAUUCAAUACAAAAUUUAAUGUCCUCAAUUUAUAUCGAUGACUGUCAAACGACGCCUAUUUAUACCGAUGCACGGUCCAUUAGGGGAAAUAAUAAUUAUUCAAAAGAUUCUGGAUAUGUAGACAAUAGAGGGGACUUCGAUUUGAUCAACAAUAUUAUGAAAAGUUCAACUAUGUUGAAUUCUUCGUCAUACUUGAAUACAGAUAGAAUUAUUCCUAAACACAAUUGGAAAAGCGGUGACGCAGUAAAUGAAAUGAAUCGUAGUUAUCCAUUGGAAUACGAUGAAAAUUAUAUUGAGAAAAAGGCAAAUGAUAAUUUAUCAAAAAUAUAUAAUACACAAAGUUUAGAAAGUCCUUGGGAUUCUAAAUUUGCAAAAUCUUUCUCCCCGAUCAAUAUAAAAAAUAAUUUAAAUAACUUUAAGAACCAAGAUAGAGUUUUCUCUGCAUCUCCAGUUAGAUGCAACAAUAUGGAAGAAGAAAUGGAAACUGUUAUACCUACUCGUGAUAAAAAUUUUAAAGAAAUUACGGAACAUGCUAUGUUAAUUAAUGAAGUUAAUGAUGGUAUUAAUUCGGAAAAAAUACAACAAUCUUCAUUAAAUCGUUUAAAUAAUUUAAGAGAAGAUACUAGCAUAGUAGUCGAAGAUAAAAAAUUGAAUUUCAAUCAAGCAUCUUUGAAAAGUAUCAGUGAUACAGGAUAUAUAACGGAUGAAGAAGUUGGUCAAAAAAUGUCACAAUUGGGUCUCUCAAGCGGAUUUACUACAAGUAAAAUAUGCAACGUUGAUCAAGAGAUUUCUCAAAUGAAUUUUACCAAUGGAUUUACUACGAGUACCAGACCCUGUGUUGGAUUAGUUUCCGAAUGCCAAUUAAAGAUGACAAAUGGACGAAACUUGUUUAAAGACAAGAGAGAUCAUAGUAAUACUAGAAAUCGUAAAAACUUGGCAAAAGAAAAUUGCAAAUCAAGUCUUAAACGAACAAAUAUGAUGGAUGUGAAAAAGAAAAAUAUCAAACAUGACGUAGUGCACGAUGGGUCCAAACAAAUGAUGGAAUUGCUGCCACACAAAUAUGAUGACAAACUUUCUUCAAGAUACAUAGAUAAAAUUUCUCCAAGAUCUCCUAAAAUUAAAGAUACUAUUAAAAAUUGCAAAGCUAUAGAAAAACACGUGAAACCCUUGACAAAUUUGAAAGGCACGACUAACAGUGUUAAGAAUCCUAAAUUUGCUAGAACAAAAGUUAGUAUGAAAUCCCAAGACAGUAACAAAGUGUUUAAAGACAAUAAUAGAACUAAAGUGACAGAAAAUAGAGUGGAAAACAUAAAGAAUAUUGCACAAGAAUAUAAGCGAAUUCCUGAGGAGCCUUCAGGUGUUAGAAACAAGUGUGGGAAUAAUGUUUGGGAAAAAGUAAUUAAACCAACAUCUACGAACAUUACAAAAAGAUCAGAGGGAUCAAAGUUGGAACUAAAACGACAAGGAAACGUGGAGACAAGAUCAAAAAUACCAGUAGGAAAAUCUUGCGGAGAUAUUCAAAAUUCCAUAACGCCAUGCAAAAGGUUUCAAACUCCACAAUCUGUUCUCAAAGUAUGCAGCAUUAAGUCUGGGAAGGAAUCAGCCAGGACAAGGUCCUUAGGUGAAAAGAAAUUUAAUUCAUUGGAUAUUGGUGUUUCUCAAGAUCUGCUAUCAAAAGAUAAUAGAAAUUUAAUUGAUUUAGAAGAAAAUCGUGUAACCAGGAUAUGCCAAUGUCUUGCAGAAACAAAAGCUCAGCAACGAUACAAAUGUAGCUCCAGCAAAGAAUUAUCAAUAGUCACUGAAAAUCAAUUUUUGAAUGAUGAGAAGGAUCAAUGUUUUAGCAGUAAUCAAUCAGUCAGUCCCUCCAAAAGAUGUGAAUCAGUAACUUUUGGGAAAAGUAGUGAAACAAACGUGAACAAAUCGAAAUUCAAUUCGAAAACGAGGCCGGGAACACCCAAAAGAUUUUCAACGACAACGGUUGGGCAAAAUUCUUUGCAAAAUAUUAAUGAAAGAUUUGAGAAGCCUAAAGUUAUUAAAAUGCUAGAGGAAAUUAUCAACGACACACCAAAAGUGUUAAAAGAAAAUAAUUUGUUGAAUAAGACUGAAAGAACUAUACCACAUUCCAUAAAAUUAUCAAUAACAAGUUUACAAAAUAAUGAUCUGAAAGAUCAGCUAAACUCAAAUAAUAAAAUUAUUUCUUGUAUUAAAAGUUCAUCGGUUACUGGUUCAAGAUCACAGAAUAAUAAAGUGCUUUACGAUACAGAUAUGAAUGACUCUGAUACAUUACCAAUAAAACUCAGUAUGAAAUAUAUAAAUGUGACAAGUAAUGCACAGCUCAGUGAAAGCCAAACUGAUACUGAUAUGGAAGAAAUUUUCAAAAAUCAGUCUAAGAAGUCUGUUGCAUUGCAAAAAGAAACUGAUUAUUCAUCAGGUACGGAUGGACGAGAGUAUGCAAUUGAUUCUAAGACAGUAACUGAUAUAGAUCAUUCUUGUUCUAAUGCUCAAUUAACAUUAACAUCAUUAACUGAUGUGCCCUGGGGAUUUGAAUUUACUUCAGACUAUUCAACAAGUAUAUCUACGUAUGCUAAGGACUGCCAAACUUCUUUGCCGUCAUUAUUAAGUUCAUCUAAAACCUUGCAAAAUGGAAUUCUUGAAGAAUACGCAAAUAAAGGUGCCAUACAAAAAGAAACCUGUGAAAAUUCACAAGAGUCAUUAAAUAGAAUAAGAAAGGCAUUGUCUGAAAAUUGUACUAAGAGCAAUCACAGUUUGAAGAAGCAAUUCUUAAACAAACACGCCAAAUCUCUUCACGUACUCAAAGAGAUUUUGAAAUGUCAGGAGUUAAGCGUCGAUUUUUUAAAUGCAGCUGAAAGAGAAUUGAAGAAUGAAUUACAUGAUAAAGUACAUAGUAGCGAAAGGGAAAUAUAUAUAAAUACAAACUUGUUAGGGAAUUCAAAAAUUGAAAGCCGUAGUCAGAAUUUUUUGAAUACUGACAUCUCAGAUCGUAUUAUAUUAGGAAAACAAAGAAAUUCUAAUGAAUUCAUUGACUCCGAAAAAUCUUUUAAGGAUUUGCAACCAGAAAGAUUAGACAGGGAUCCGUCUAUGGUCUUUAGUAAUAAUGUUGAUAUAAGAAACUGUUCCUGUACUUCUUCUUGCAAAAUUAAUAAUUUCUUCAAGGGAAAUGAAAUGAUGUCGAAAGAUCCAUCUAAUUUAGUUGCAAAGCUAGAACCUGUUUCCCUCGUAUGUACAAAAUCAAAAGAAACUUCUUGUAAAUUAAAAACUGUUACCGAAGAAGAGGAAGUAUCUUGUAAACCAGAAGACUUUCCAUCUUUUAAAAAAGAAAUAACAACACAGGCUUCGUUUACACGUGAAGUUUUUACUGAAUCGGAAUUUUUUCAAACAAUUUGCACUCAAACAGGACAGCAUUUUUCUUUAAGAGAUAUUGCCAUCAGUUCGGAGGACGAUAAAGAAUUAAUUACAAAGAAAACCAAAAGUACAUCAUGCGAUACCAUACCUAAUUAUCAAACUGUUGGAAUCGAAUGUACGGAGCAAUUAAAUAUGCUUUACAAUUCAAAAAAUAUAAACACUGACCAUGUAGUUACUUCUACAAACGAAGUGACCAUUUUUCAACAAGGUACUAAUAAAAAUGUUUCCAUUCAAGCUGAAGAUAUUCCAAAAUCAAGAAAGCUUGUUACUGAUACUUUUACAGAAACUUUGGAAUCAUGUUAUAGCUUCGAUGUACCUAAGAAUAUAAUUGGAGAAGAAGAAUUAAAUACAAUUAUAAUCCUAUGUGACAAUGAAGAAAUUAUGAGCAUUGAAGAAGCUCAAUCAAAUAAUAUUGAUAGAUCUUAUCAAAACCUAAUUUUAAAAUGUGAUGACACAUUUUCUGCAUAUACUGCAGCACGUAAGAAAUGUAGAGAAAAACUGCCAACGUUCAGAAAUAAUUAUUUGAAAAAGCAAGCAUCGGAAGACAUAUUUGUCCAAUUGCAAUUAAUGUCGGGGCAUAAUCAAAAUUUAGAUGCAGAAAUUUACAGAAAGAAAUUCGGUAAAAGUUCUACGAACGUCUGCAGAGAAAAUUCAUUUUUUCACCUGGUUCAAGCUAUAUCUAUUACUUCAUUUAACAUCCAAGAAACAAAUAAGCACAAAAAAGAACAGUAUGAUCCUUUAAAAAAGCCGAUUAAACUUUCUUUAAAUUUGAAAACUACAGCACCAUCGUCAAAUGAUAUUUCUGUAAAAUUCAUUGCAAACACCUCUGCGCAGAUGACACAUAAGAAAGUUCUACCGAAGAUCAAAGUAUUUAUACAUUUUUUGUUAAAUCAUUUAAGACAUAAUUUUCAUGCACGUAAAUCUUCACAGAAAAAUGGAUUUGGGGAUGACUCGACUGUCAAAAAAGAGUCGUGGGAAUACGAACGAGAUCAAAAGGCUUUGUGGAGUAAGAAUAACGAAGUUGAAUCUCUAAAAAGAAAAAGGAUAAAGGACUACGAAUAUACAAAGUGUUCACAAUAUUCACGACAGCAAUUAUUCGCUUACAUAUACGCAGUUUUGUGCUCUAUUGUAUUUUGUUCUUUUCAAUUCUCACACUUUUGUGAAAGUUAAAUAUUUCCAUACUCUAAUUUCCUCACUGUUGUUUA